AAAUCGAUCGUUGUUUUUGUUACAGGAAAAAAUCGAAUAUAUAUUCCUAGUAAUAUUCACCGCUGAAUGCUUCAUGAAAAUUAUAGCGUAUGGUCUGAUAGCUCAUCCGGGCGCCUACUUGAGGAAUGGAUGGAACUUGCUCGAUUUUACAAUUGUAGUUAUAGGAAUGAUUAGCACAGCCUUAUCGAAUUUGAUGAAGGAAGGUUUCGAUGUUAAAGCAUUAAGAGCAUUUCGUGUGUUAAGGCCUCUUCGUUUAGUGUCUGGUGUGCCAAGUCUGCAAGUUGUUCUCAACUCAAUCCUUCGUGCCAUGGUGCCUUUGUUGCAUAUAGCUCUGUUAGUCUUAUUCGUUAUAAUAAUUUAUGCCAUUAUUGGCCUCGAGCUUUUCUCUGGAAAACUUCAUAAGACUUGUUACAACAAUGAAACAGGUAAGCAUUUAUAUUAUCAUACAUUUUACACUAAAUAUAUUUAG